GCGAUUUAAAAUAUGAUUAAUUGUGUUUAUUUAAUUUCUUGCCAUUUCUCCACACUACAGUUCCACUGACAGCAGCAGCUCACACGUCCUGUACCAUUUCUAUUUCUUUUAGCUGCUUUUUAAAAAAAUAUUAAAGCAACCUUAUGCUCUCCUCCCUCUUUUGAAUCGGAAUUCAACUAAACCAGUUUGAUUUUUCAAUGAAUAUUUGCCAGCUUAAAUAAACAUUGCAUCGUUCUAACACGAUGAAUGAGUUAUACACCCUUGAUUUCUAUUGGGAUAAAACUACAUCAAGAAGAAUCUUUUUUUUUUUGCUGAAAUGUAACUAUAAUCUCAUUCUUGUAGAGCUCACCUGACUGGAGAUUAGACUCGUGUUUUAGUCACCUUCACAAAAACAUGGUGCCCUAUUGUUAACUCUGUCUAGCCUUGUUUUAUUGUGUAGUCAUUCAUGCUAUUUGCGUAACUGAAUUCUGACGCACCCGUCUCCUCUCUGCAUGCCUCCUGUUGUGACGUUCCCUUGGCCAACACACACCAGAGUUACAGGACACAAGUAGGGAAAUAUUCUCAAGUGAGGACUUGUGUAUUGGUGUGGGAAAAAAACAUUUUGAAUGUGUUUUCAGACGUGUUGAACCUAUAAUAUCCAUCCUGAUAUAAUUGUUUUCCUUCAUUCUUUGUGUUCCUGAUGACUCUCCUUUAUAUCUCUGUGUGUUGUGACAUCUCAGUGUGAUGUGUCCCUCCCUCACACAGCUCUGCUUGUUUCCUCAGAUAUCUAACCUGAGCCAACACCUUUUUAUAGUCGUGUGUACUUUCCCUUACCUGGAAUUUCCACCUUUUCCUAAUAGAUUUGUCAUGAAGCAUUUCCUGGUUGGUGAAUAUUAAGUAAUGUAUGCCUUGUCUCCCGUUAGGACCCGGCGGUAUCCCCCCCAGAGGGCUGCUGGGAGAUGGUCCUAAUGACCCCAGAGGAGGAACUCUGCUGUCCGUCACUGGAGAGGUCAUCGAGCCCGGCCGGCCUUACAUGGCAGCCCCCCCACCCCACCAAGCCCCACCUGUACACAUGGCAGGAGCCCCACCUGUACACAUGGCAGGAGGGCCCCCCCCGGAUAUGAGAGGCCCUCCAAUGGACAUGAGAUGCCCACCGAUGGGUGAACCACGCAACAUGAUGGGCGACCCCAGAGGUCCCCCGAUGAUGGAGCAACGCGGACCCCCGAUGGAAACCAGAGGUAGCUGCUCUGAUGACCGAACUCUUUGUUAGUCACACUAGUUGUAA